AUGAAUCAGGCAAAGGUUGAAAAAUUAGUUUCUAGGUUAAGGUACAAUGUCGGAUCGAAACCACGCAAAUUAAAAAAUGUAGACGGCCCAGAAGGAAGAUUGCGAAAAAUUAAAAAAACGUUAACAGCUGUAAUUAAAUACGAGAGGAUUGAGCUAAAUUACGCAAGAGCGGAUGAAACAAGAGGUUACGUUGAACGAUUAAUAUCGGAAGCCUUACGUCAUGGUCCCGAACACGGAGAAACAAUGGAAUUGGCAAAUUUCUGGAUAAACGAAAAACAACUUGUCCAUAAACUUUUCAAAGUACUCGUACCAAGAUAUGAAAAUUAUACAACUUCAUUUACAAAGCUUCAUAAUGCACCGUGUAUAUAUCCCGGACACGCAUACAAAAGAGCCGUCUUGGAAUUGAGAGGAAAUGUAUAUCCCGCCGUAGAACAAUCCAACCCACAUCAGCAUAAUUUACUUCACAAUAUAUUACUGGAUGCAGCUAGGAAAGAAUACAGGAUGGACAAGUAUAAAGAAAUAGCUGCCAACAUGAAUUUUUAG